ACCAGGAAAUGUUUCAGUUCAGAGAAAUCGAAACUAAACUGCUGUCAGUGUUGUGAAUGUAUCUUCACCUGUGAGUGCGUGGAGUACAAUGGCAGAAUCCAGCGUGUCUUUAGCUCAGGAUCAGUUCAGCUGUUCAAUCUGUCUGGAUUUACUGAACGAUCCAGUGACCAUCCCCUGUGGACACAGUUACUGUAUGAGCUGUAUUACAGGCUGCUGGGAUCAGGAUGAUCAGAAGACAGUCUGCAGCUGCCCUCAGUGCAGACAGACCUUCAAUCCGAGACCUGUUUUAGGUAAAAACACCAUGCUGGCUGAAGUGGUGGAGAAACUCAAGAAGACAAAGCUACAAGCUGCUCGUCCUGAUCAAAAUAAUGCAGAACCUGGAGAUGUGGAGUGUGACGUCUGUACUGAGGACAAAAACAAAGCUGUCAAGUCCUGUCUGGUGUGUCUAAACUCUUACUGUCAAAAUCAUCUUGAACAACAUGAAAGCUUUUUUAAAAGUAAAAACCACAAUUUAAUGGACGCCACUGGACGACUGCAAGAGAUGAUCUGCCCUCAACAUGAUAAACUGCUGGAGAUUUUCUGUCGUACUGAUCAGUCCUGUAUAUGUUAUAUGUGUAUGGUAGAUGAACACAAAAACCAUGACACCGUAUCAGCUGCAGCAGAGAGGACUGAGAAACAGAUACAGUUGAGUGAGAUGCAAAUACAAUUUCAGCAGAGAAUGCAGGAGAGACAAAAGGAGCUUGAGGGCCUGAGAAAGGCUAUAGAGUCUCACAAGCGCUCUGCACAGACAGCAGUGGAGGACAGUGAGAGGAUCUUUACUGAGCUGAUCCUCUCCAUUGAGAGAAGUCGAUCUGAGGUGACACAGAUGAUCAGAGAUCAGGAGAAGGUUCUUGUAAGUCAUGCUGAAGAACAACUGAAGCGUCUGGAGCAGGAGAUUGAAGAUCUGAGGAGGAGAGACACUGAGCUGGAGCAGCUUUCACACACAGACAAUCACAUCCAUUUCCUCCAGAGUUUCCAGUCUGUCUCUGUUCCUCCUGGAUCUACAGACUAUCCCAGCAUCACUGUCAGUUCUCGUCUCUCUUUUGAUGAUGUUUGUAAAUCUGUGUCUCAUUUGACAAAAAAACUGGAGCAUUUCUGCAGAGAGGAGAUAGAAAUGUUAUCUGUUAAAGUAAGAAACAUUAAGAUCAUGACAUUUGAUCCCGAGACCCACGAGGACUUCCUCCAGCAUUUCCGUCAGCUCACUUUGGACCCAAAUACAGCGAAUAAAAACCUGCUACUAUCUGAAGAGAACAGAGUGAUUAAAUACACUAGUACAGACCAGCUGUAUUCUGUUCAUCCAGACAGAUUUGACUAUUGGGAGCAGGUGUUGUGUGAAGACAGUGUGUUUGGACCCUGUUACUGGGAGGUGGAGUGGAGUGGUGAGGUGGGUGUAUCAGUGUCAUAUAAGAGCAUCGGCAGGAAGGGUUGGGAAAAGGAGUGUGAGUUUGGACAUAAUGAUCAGUCCUGGAGUUUGUUCUGCUCUGACUCCAGCUGCUCGUUCCAGCACAAUAAUGAAAGGACUAAACUCCCUGUAGUCUCCAGCUCCUGUAGAAUAGGAGUGUAUGUGGAUCACGGUGCAGGAACUCUGUCCUUCUACAGCGUCUCUGACACAAUGACCCUCAUUCACAGAGUCCACACCACAUUCACUCAGCCUCUCUAUCCUGGGUUUUGGGCUGGUUUAUAUUAUGAUGAUGAUGAUGAUGAUGAUGAUGAUAAUGAUAAGGAUGCAUGUGGUAUUUGUUCAACUGUGACACUUUCUGACCUAAAAAUAUAGAUGGUACAUAAAUUGUGAUAUAUGAGAUAUGUUUUCAAAAUAUUAUUGUCAUGUUUUAGUUUUGGAUUGUUUACUCUGAACAUAGCAACACAAUUGUAAUGAUUAGUAUUCAGUUGAAGAUAUGCGCAUUAUUUGUUAUAUACCUGGCAUUAUUACUAGAUUUUAGUUACCUAACAAAGCUCAAGAAUGUAAUGUGAUUUUUGCCCAUUAUUUAGUGCUGACACAAAAUAAUAAAAUAUAUUUAGGGAAUGUAUAUUUAGAAAGUGUUUAUGAAGUUCUAGCAGCUAAUGUUCAAUGAACCACUGUAUGCAUGUAAUAAACUUGUUAACUUGUGUUGAGCAUUUUGGUAAUCUAAACCACAUUCACUCAAUGUAUUUAAAACUCUAAUAACGGAUGAUUUGCAAUGCUAUUCUUUUCAUGAAAGAAAGACCAUCAGUCUUGUUCUGUAAAUCGUUCUGCAGAUUGUAGGAGAUACAUUCUUUAAACAGUGGUAGAAAAGAAUCCUUCAUAAGUCACUCUCAACUUAUUUGUGUAUAAAGCCAAUAAAAAGUAUUUGUGUCUUCUAA